AUGAACUUAGAUGGUUGUUCCGGUUCCGUGUCAGAACCACCCCUCAUCCACCCCUUGCUCUUCCAGACUCAGGAAGGAGCUAUGGCCACUAUCAGUACGGUUGCUGCAGGAGAUGCGGGAGGUGCGGACGGUGGUGGUGGGGGUGCAUGUGCGGCUGGGCAAUCACAUCUCCCCUUCCCCUCUCCCAGCUCUCCUCUCACCCAUCCCCCAUCCGUCAGUCAGACCCAGACGGAGUGUGGUGCGAGACCCCCACGCUACCACCAAGAGCGUCACUCCCGCUUCCAUGCUGCUACUUUGGAGGCGGCUGCUCUUACUCUGGCCUGUGCCAAUAUGAGUGAUGAGGGCAACGCAGGGAUUGAUGAGGCCAAGGCAGAGAGUGGUGAGGGCAUGGCAGGGAGUGAUGAGGGCAACGCAGAGAGUGAUGAGGUCAAGGCACGGAGUGGUGAUGCCAAAACAGGGAGUGGGUAG